AUGGAGGAGAAGAUGGCUUGGGAGGAAGCAUUGGAGUACUGUAAAGAGACACACACUACGCUCACAAGUCUGACCUCUGAGACUGAGAACCUUUUGACCCUGAAAGAGAUCCAGCAGGGCACCGUCACCGAUCGGGUGUGGAUCGGGCUGUGCUUCCUGGCUGAUCGCUGGCUGUGGGUGGACGGCAGCCCUCUGAUAUACGAGGCCUGGUCAGUAGGGGAUCGGGAGCACCAGUGUCCAGGUCGAAAUUACUGUGGAGCUAUAAACAAAAACGGAGUGUGGGAGAAUCUGGACUGCAAAGAGAAACUCAGUUUCAUUUGCGUGUAA